AUGACAAAACGCCCAUACGUGCAAACCGACAUUACAUACAUGCCACCAGGUGUGCAUUGCGUAUCCCGACGUCCGAAGUUUAAGGCCCGCUAUCCCACGGACUCCGCACAGCCGGCAGAAGAGACGCGAUCCAUCCUCUGGGUUAUCGUGGCAUUCUUCAGCUACUUCAGGCUCCACGGCAAAUCGAGGGUUCUAAAAGACGGGAGAAUAUGGAAGCCGCUCCGAGAAGGCCAGGCCGCUCAAUCUACGCGCGCAUGA